CACUGUAUAAUAGAUAAUAGUAUGGUGCAAUUAGCACUGUGUUUUUAUUGAGCUCUAGAUUUAUAUUGAUUAUUUGAACACGUGUUAUUAGGAACUCUGGCGCUGAAUGUCCAGGCCAGAAGUAUGAUGGCGAGCUAGACCUGGAUCAGCAGUCAAAGACUUGGAGGCCCACAGCCUUUUACCGGGCCGGUAGGGGGUUCCUGCUUACCGUCAAGAUCACCACGCCUCAUUGAGGUAACAAACACUGGGACUCGUUACUAAAUUGGGUUUGGAUCCCACGUCUUCCUCAUCUGCUGCUGAGCCCACAUGAACUGAAUCUUCUGGAACUUUGGACAUGUUCCGUAUGAAAUGUUUUUUCCUUUUGUUUUCCCUUUUUUGGGGAUUUGUAUAUAUGUAAAUAGAAUGGCCAUUCACCUUGCACUGUUCACUGUAUAUAAUAUUUCAUAAACCGGUGAUUCAACUGCACUCAGUUUCCUGCUGCUCCCUCCUUGAGACGAUUUUAGAAUCUUUUGAUUACUAGCCCACAUAACCAGACCUUUAACACAAAAAUAUAGCAACAUAGUUGCUACAUAAAUUGGCGAGCUGGCCAGGAGGGUUGCAUGAGCGGAACUGAUUUUGUUGAUUGUGAUUUGACAUUGUAGUUUGAACAUGGAGGUGUUGGCAAAACGUGGCAUUAAGAUUCCUAACUCAGUCGUGGUUAAACAUACUGUUGACAUUGAAUCAGAUGAAGAAGUUAUUGCUUUUCUGAACCAGUAUGGAAAAAAUAUCAAAGGUUGAGGUUAUCACUGAGCCUGAUUGUUUUUUUUCAGAUAUGAUAUUGGUUGAAUUUGUAUCAGGAAGCGCAUUAAGCGAACUGAAAAAAGUUUUAUCAUACACUUUCAGUUGUGAAGAUAGUAAAGUUACGUAUGAGAUCUGUGACCUUUCUAACAUAAGCUCGGAACUUGAAGGGAAGGUUAGGACACACAUUUAUUUGAAAGAUCUGAGAAACUUGGCUCAAAUGACAGGACAGGACUAUGCAGAGGUCCUGAGCCAAGUGAUGUCUCUGCUGGGCCAGUCUGUCACCGAGCUCAGCCUAACACCGCCUGUGAAGCUCCCGCCAGAUCCCAGUGACAGGGCGCCGUCAUCGCCUCCCCCUGCUGCACCAUCUUCACAGAUGUCUUCUACCACUGCCUACGGGCCACAAGCUGCAACAGGAGAGCAGGAGGUGAAGGAUGAAGUGCCACAGAGCAACCCCAAUUCCAGAACAUCACCGCUGCCUGAUCUUAAUCCACCCAAGGUCCAAUGCUACGUGGUUGAACAUAUAAUGAAAAGUGAUGACGGUGCUGCACAUCUUUCUACUGUGAGACUCCGUUCCUUCUCAGGCCGAACCCCAAGACCUCAGCACGAAACAGACUUUGAAACAUGGCGCUCAAGUGUCGACCUGCUGCUUCAAGAUCCUGCAGUUUCGGAUUUACAAAGAUCCAGAAGAAUAGUUGAAAACCUCUUCUCACCGGCAGCAGGCAUGGUGAAACAUCUGAAACCAGAGACUCUACCAAAGACCUACCUGCAGAUUCUGGACUCUGCUUAUGGAACCGUUCAGGAUGGAGACGAGCUGUAUGCAAAGUUCAUGGAGAUUUUCCAAGACGCUGGUGAGAAGCCAUCUGCAUACUUGCAACGUUUGCA